AUGGGGAGUGGGCAAGAAAACAUGAAGAUAUUGGGGUACCAGCAUUUUUCUGUUUUUAGGUUCUUAAGGCCAGAAAAGAAAAAACAAUCCAAGCCCCCCGGCACUUGCAGAGAUGAAUGCGUUUAUAAAAUAAGCAAACUGGAUGUUCCGUCAACUAGUUCAGAUGUUCCAACAGAGCCGCUCUUAGGAAAUACGAAAGACAAAGAAGUAUCAGAUACCGAGUUAUCGUCCUUACAUACUGAUGACCACAUUUAUGAUAUUGGCAGAUACGUGGGAAGUGUAUCUAGGCUGUCAGUUCAAGAAAAAAUGAAAUUGCUGAAAGAAAAAGAUUUUGCCUUGCAAACUCUAUCCGUUGAAGGAAAUUUGGCCACUAGAAAAACAUCUUAUCAGUUGCAUUCUGCGGCAUGCAAGUCAGGAUUUAUUGUCGCUGUCAUUUUGAUUGCAAAAUAUUCUGAAUACCUAGAGCCUAUAGUCAACCGCCUACAAUCUGCGCAAACUAAUGUUUUAAAGGUAGCGGAACAUAUUCGUCAAAUCAUGGAUAUUUUAAAAAAACACAGACAGAACGCAGAGAACGUAACGAACACUUUAUUGCAUGAAGCCAAUAAGAUAGCCGAAGAAUGCGGUUUUGAAUUAUCUACCCCUAGAACUGUAAGCAAGCAACAGCAUAGAAGCAAUCAACCAGCUGAUACGCCUACUGAAUACUGGAGGCGAUCCAUGAUUCUUCCGUAUCUGGAUUCUAUCAUAUCUUCUCUAGAGACACGAUUUUCCGAAGAAAAUACGCCAGCCUUCGCUCUGAGUCUUCUGCAUCCCAAGCAUUUUUCAAAAAUUGAUUUAAAUUGCCUUAAAUUAGAACUGAGACAAUCCUUAAACCACUAUAAAAUAGAUGGAAUAGAUGCAGAGCUAGAAGUAUGGGUAGAACACUGGAAUAAAAACCUACUUAAUAAUGAGUUAGAUAACUUCAACACCCUUGAAAUUUUUGAACUGGUUCGAGCGUCCACUACUUUUUAUCCGUUAACAAAAAAAUUGCUGGAAAUUCUCGUAUUGCCUUGCACUACGUGUACAGUUGAGAGAUCAUUCAGCAGUCUUCGAAGAAUAAAAACAUGA